AUGACUACCCCGAGCAUACCAGAUCUGAUCCAGCGCUAUGAGCAGCUGAAAGCCGUAGAGCAGACCAAGGAUGCACUCAUUGAGGACCUCCUCCGUCGAGUGACCGAGUUGGAAGAAGCUUACCAGCAGACGAGACUCGAUCAUGACCGAGAAACGCGAUUUAACCGCGAAGUACAAAUGCAUGAAAUUGAACUUAUGGAACAGAUAACUCGGAUCAAAGCGGUUAUGGAUCAAGAACCCUUUCUUCUCGUUAUGAUUGACGGUGACGGCAUGAUAUUUCAAGAUUCGUUUUUACAACAGGGCGAACAAGGCGGCAAAGAUGCCGCGAACCAAUUAUGGCUUGCAGUACGCGAAUAUUCGGCCCGCGCGUUUCCAAACAUACAGUCUCCCAAAAUUGUUACCAGAAUAUAUGCCAAUGUCAAAGGUUUAGCCGAGGCAUGCUUUAAAGCCGGCAUCGUUGAACGAGCCACACUGAUAGAAGAUUUUGUCCGGGGAUUCAACGCCAGUAGGUUACUAUUUGAUUUUGUUGACGUUGGGAGUGGAAAGGACAGAGCGGACGAUAAAAUUGCAGGUAUGGUGCUUAUUCAGUCUGCCAGUGGCCUAGAGUGCAGUCGCCAUUCAGCUGACUUCUGGCGGCCGUCUCUAGAGUAUUUUAAAUUGAAUUUAUACAAUUGUCAUUGUCAUCAGAUAUUCCUCGGCUGUUCACACGAUAAUGGGUAUGCUCGUAUCCUCGAGGAUCUGCUAGCGGAUCGAGAACUCGUCGGCCGAAUAUCCCUAGUCGAAGGCGUGCCCUUUGAGAAGGAACUCGCCUCGAUCAAGUCCUCAUAUCGAGUGACAAAAUUUGAUGCUCUUUUUAGAGAUUCUAAAGUUCCGUCAAGCAUCGGCCCUUCUUUAGAAUCAUGGAUGGGUACCGUUAGGUCGUUGCCUACGGGUGCUCACCCGCGCCCAACCUCUCCAUAUCCGUCAAAUAACGGACGGGCCAGGGUCAAUUCAAAUUCUAGCGGUGCUCCGAACCCUCAGACGUGGGCUUCUGCCACCGCAGCAGCAGCAUCAGCGCCGUUGACGGAUCUGACUGUUUCGUCAAAACCUAGCACACCGUCCCCGCGCGUUGUCGAACGCAAUAAAUAUGGCCAGCGUGUUGAUCGCCUGGAUUUCAAGACAGUCCCAAAAGACGAAUUAAAGCGGGUCAAAAAGCUGAAACUAUGCAAUCAGUAUUUCUUGCUGGGCGAAUGUCCCAAUAUAAGUUGCUAUCAUACGCACGACUACAAACUUUCCAAAAAUGAACGCAUAAUAUUGCAGGCAGUAGCGCGCAUGACGCCUUGCCAUUUUGGCACUGACUGCGAUGAUCCGGGAUGUAUAUAUGGGCAUCGAUGCCCGCAGAGUGAGGUAGGGAAAAAGGAUUGUUACUGGGGGGAGAAUUGUCGAUUCGAUAUUUCGGAGCAUGGCAUUGAUACAAAUAUUGUGAAAAUCACGAGGGUUUGA